UUUCGCCCUCCAACCCCGCCCAAUGCAACCAUCGAGCAAGGCCUAAGGAAGUCGUUGGCCGCAUAUCGUGGGUGGGCCGGGAGGCUCAGCAAAGAUAGCAAUAGCGAUCCUAUCAUUUUUUUGAAUGAUGAGGGUGUUAGGUUUGUGGAGGCAUCGGUUGAUCGCGAUCUAGAUCAAUCCGUCACUUUUAGCCCUUCCGCGACUUUGCUAAUGAUAAGGCCUAUUUCAUGCAUCGCAGUUAUCAAGGACGAAGUUCUAGAAGGGGACACUUUGGAGGGCGUGGUAGAGUUCCUUCAAGUUCAGCUCACCAGAUUCUCGUGUGGCUCGAUGGUGGUGGGCUUCACCACCCACCACCGAGUGGAGGAUGGUCAUGCCACAAGCAACUUUUUGGUAGCAUGGGGGUUAGCUUCGAGGGGACUUGAAAUUACAUCAUUGCCAUUUAAUGAUCUUACAAUAUUCUCCCCUCGAAAUCCCCCUAAAGUUGACUUUCAACAUAGAGGGGCGGAAUACAUAUCUAAAAACAUCAAGAAAGUGUACCCUUUGAUAGAUCAUAAUGUGGAGGACAUCGUGGCACACAAAGUUCACUUCACCUCGGAAUUUCUCUCCAAGGUCAAAGUUAGGGCUUCUUCGAUGAAUGGAUCGAAGAAGCCUUUUAGCACUUUCGAGAGCCUCUUGGCUCAUCUAUGGAGAGUUGUUACAAAGGCACGCGGCUUGAAUGGAUCCGAGACCACCCAACUGAGGAUCUCAGUGGACGGCCAGGCACGACUAAACCCUAGGGUUCCAAAUGAAUAUUUUGGGAAUUUGGUGUUGUGGGCAUUUGCAAAGGCCAAAGUGGACGACCUCUUAGACGCGCCUCUCCCCUACGCGGCCAAGAUUUUGCACGAGGCAGUCACGAAUGUGAACGACGACUACUUCAAAUCGUUCAUCGACUUUGCCAAUCAUGAGGUGAAGGCGGAAGAUCUUGUUCCCAAUGCAGACACAGAAGAAAUGAUAUUGUGGCCUAAUUUGGAAGUUAAUAGUUGGUUAAGGUUCCCAUUUUAUGAUCUUGAUUUAGGAAGUGGAACGCCAUACAUAUUCUUGCCCUCCUUCUCGCCCAUAGAGGGGAUCAUAUUCCUUCUCCCCUCCUUCGCCGGCGAUGGAAGAAUAGACGUUUUCGUUCCUUUAUUUCAAGAAAAUUACAAAAUUUUGAAAGAAAUUUGUUAUACCUUAGAAUAG